AUGGCGGCGCCCGGCGCGUACCGGUGCGUCGAGUGCCACGGGGAGGCCGCGGAGCUGUACAGGGACUACCAGCGCGGCGUGCUGCGCAUCUCCAUCUGCAAAUCCUGCCAGAAACCCGUGGACAAAUACAUUGAGUAUGAUCCUGUUAUCAUCUUGAUUAAUGCUAUUUUAUGUAAAGCGCAAGCAUACAGACACAUUCUUUUCAAUACAAAGAUAAAUAUUCACGGGAAGCUCUGCAUAUUUUGUUUGCUCUGUGAAGCUUACCUUAGGUGGCUGCAACUACAGGAUUCAAGCCAAAAUACAGAUCCUGAUGACUUAAUUAGAUAUGCCAAGGAAUGGGAUUUUUAUAGAAUGUUUGGCAUAGCUUCUUUAGAACAAACUUCAUUUUUAGUUGGCAUUUUUAUUGCCUUAUGGCAGAUGAGACCUGAGAUGCUGAAAACAAAGUCUGACUUCAUUUUACUUCUCAAAGCACUGCUGUUGUCUAGCUAUGGAAAGCUUUUGCUAAUUCCAGCUGUUAUUUGGGAACAUGACUACACACCUUUGUGCCUCAUGCUUAUAAAAGUAUUCGUCUUGACAUCAAACUCUCAAGCAAUUAGAGUUACAUUAAACUUAAACCGAACGCUGCCUUGGUUGGCCAUCUUCAUUGGAUUAGUUUUGGAAAAUGGUGUAGUCUGCUUGUUCCAGAAAAUGGGAUGGAAUGUUUGAAAAGUCAGUUCAGACCUAAAGAAAAACCAGCAGCAUGCUCUUGGUUGAUCUUUGCCAACAUUUCUAAGGAUGAUCUCUGCUAGUGGUCCCAAAGUCACUAUUUUCCUAGUGAUAAAGAAAAUGAUCGCUAACAAAUUUUCGUUCGUGGUUUGCUGGGGACAGCUUUAGGAUAAAGUAAAAUGAGAAAUCUCA